AUGUCAACCAGGUCGCUUCUAGUGGUCCUGGCGGUGGUAGCGCUGAUCGGCGUACAGCAUAGCAAGGCCGCCAUCCUAACGCGUGCGAUCGAAGCACAGAAAUCGUUGGUCGAACGGGAGGAGCAACUGUUGGCACAGGCCAAGGAUCAACUGUACCAGACGGCCCAGAACGCCCUCGAUACGUCGCGAGAUGCCGUGAUGAGUGCCGCCGAACAGAUGCGCUACACGUUGCUGUCCCCGUGGCGCAUGGCAUCCGAGGCACUCGAGCGGCCCAAGCUGUACGCCAAGUAUCUGCUGGCGAAAUCGUUUGUCAAACCGGCGGACGAAUCCGAUGCCCCGCCAGCCGUCGUGGAUCUGAACGAUAGCGAGGCAACCAUGACGCUGCCUCAAAUGCUCUCCAACCUGCCGGUGGUUCGCCUGUUCACCGGUGAUGCCCCAACGGAGGACGCCAAUGCGCAGAGCAAACCGAGUUCAUUGAUUGAAUUCUCGGAUUUCAACGCCCCGGCACCAGCCCCGCUGCCAUCGCCAACAACGGAGCCGGAGAAGAUAACGCCGAUGAAAGUGAUCCUGCUGUAG